AUGGCAACCGCCGCAACCGUCCUCCGAUUGCCCGCGCGCGUCCCCACCGGGCGCCGCGGUGACUCUCCCGCCUCGCGUGGAUCCCUCGCGGUCCGCGCGGCGGCAUCCGACGACACCGUCUGGUCACGCGCAGUGCAGUUUCGCCCGUGCAUCGACAUCCAUCAGGGACGGGUGAAGCAGAUCGUGGGCGGCACGCUGAAGGACUCGGCGGACGGCAAGGCGGACUCGGAGACCCCGGAGACCAACUUCGAGACGGAGACUUCCAGCGCGGAGUUCGCAAAGAUGUACCAGCGCGACGGCAUCUUCGGCGGGCACGUCAUCAUGCUGAGCCGCGACGACGGGACCACCCAGGCGGCGAUGGACGCCGUGAGCGCCUUCCCGGGCGGGCUCCAGGUGGGCGGCGGGGUCACCGCUGAGACGGCGAUGCCUCUCAUCGACGCCGGGGCUAGCCACGUCAUCGUCACCUCCUACGUCUUCCGCGACGGCGCGGUGGACCAGGAGAGGCUGGACGCCAUCGUCAAGGCUGUCGGCAAGGAGAGGCUGGUGCUGGAUCUCUCCUGCAGGAAGAAGGGCGACGACUACUACGUCGUCACGGAUCGGUGGCAGAAGUGGACGGACCUCAAGGUGGACGAGGCCACGAUGGCGAUGCUCGCGUCCCACUGCGAUGAGUUCCUGGUGCACGGCGUCGACGUGGAGGGGAUGAAGCUGGGCAUCGACGACGAGCUGGUGCGGCGGCUGGGGAGGCACUCGCCCAUCCCGGUGACCUACGCGGGCGGCGCGAGGUCAAUCGCCGACUUGGAGCUGGUGAGGGGCGCGGGCGACGCCAAGGUGGACAUCACCGUGGGGUCCGCGCUGGACUGCUUCGGAGGUGCGCUGCCGUACGAUGAGGUGGUGGCGUGGCACAACAAGCAGAAGGAGCUGGUGCGCGCGUGA